GGAAAUUUCAUUCACACACAACAUCAAGCACAUACAGUAAAGCCCCAUUUACAUUUCUCUCCGCUGUGUGCUUGGAGAUUCCAAAAUCACGCACUGGAAAGCAUGGCAGAUGCGGACAAGGGCCUUGCCAAGGACAAGGGGCAUUGCCAAGGUCGUCCACACUGCCAUCCACAUACCUCCAAGCAACAACAUGACCGCAAAGAGCAACCAGCACCAGAGUCUUCGGCUGCAGCCACCAAGCCACAGCCCACCAGGAACCACCAGCAACGCCAGCGUCGGAACGGUCGGCCAGGGUCCACUCGAUAUGUGGCGGCUCCGUCGGCCACACAGCCACUGCCGAACAUUGUGGUUGCGGGAAAGUACCGCCUGCUGAGUCGCAUUGGCCAGGGCUCCUUCGGCGAACUGUACCGCGCCGAGGGCCUCAAGUACGGCGAGCUGGUGGCCGUCAAGCUGGAGAGGGCCGCGGUGAAGCACCCGCUGCUGGCGCGCGAAGCCAGGAUCUACGGCAUCCUGCAGGGCGGAGUGGGCAUACCCCACAUGCGGCACUACGGCACCGAGGGCGAGUUCAAUGUCAUGGUGCUCGAUCUGCUGGGGCCCACGCUGGAGGACAUGCUCAAUUUGUGCUCCCGGACCUUCAGCAUGAAGACCAUCUUGAUGCUGGCUGAUCAGAUCCUGAUCCGCGUGGAGUAUCUGCACCUGAAGUGUUUCGUUCAUCGCGACAUCAAGCCGGAUAACUUCCUGAUGGGCCGGGGCCGCCAUACUACCCAGGUCUUUAUGAUAGACUUUGGCCUGGCCAAGAAGUAUUUCAGUCAGAGCUCUCAGCUGCACAUCGAGUAUACCGAGAACAAGGAGCUGGUGGGCACGGCCCGCUAUGCUAGCGUUCGGGCCCACUACGCCGAGCAGGGUCGUCGAGACGAUCUAGAAUCCGUGGGCUACCUGCUGCUCUACUUCCGACGCGGUCGCCUUCCCUGGCAAGGCAUCCGGGCGGCGUCUGAGGUCCAGAAGUACGAACGGAUCGCCGAGUGCAAGGCCUCCGUUCCGAUUGAUGUUCUCUGCUCCGGCCUGCCCAUGGAGUUCUUUCUGUACCUGAAGUACUGCCGGAAUCUGCCCUUCGAGCAGAAGCCCGACUAUGUCUUCCUCCGUCAGCUGUUCAAGACUGUCUUUCGGAAUCAGUACAAGAGGUUCGAUUUCCAAUACGACUGGGACCUGAAGCGCCAAAAGCAGGCUCAAUACCCGAAACAGGACGAUUCCCGGGGUCAGAGGGCUAGGGAGGGGCAUCGCAAUGAAGAAACAGAUCGAGAUUUGAACCGGAAAGUGGACAAGGGCAGGAGAGAGACAGGGAAAAGAAACCCAGAGCGGGAUCGCGAGCGGGAGAAAGAGCGGAAUCUGGCCACCGAUCGCUAUGGGCACAGGCCCAGAGAGAUGGGACGCGCAGGCUACACCCACAGAGAGCGGGGCCAUGACAGAGAUCGAGAUCGAGCACGGGAUCGACAUAGGGAGCGAUGUCCUAAGGACAAGACCCAUAACUGUUCGCACAGUUCCUGUUCCUUUCAUCGUCAACAGCAGCGCCUACGCGACCAACAACUGGGACUGGCGACGGAGCGCAGCAGGCAUGUCCGGGAGGAGCCGCAGUCCUCCCAUCGGCAGCCGCCGCCUGGCCUUUAAUAUUAUGAGGUUCGCACAUGUGCCUGUUUCCAUGUGUUUUGUUAAUUAACUGCCGGGCAACUAUAUUUAGCAUGACUUAACCGUUUACCCAUCUCCGAUCCUUUGUUCGGCCAAUCAAUGGCUCGCAUAAUUGGCACACAACGAGGCCAGCUGGCAAACAAUAAGCAAACUUUGCCCAGCGUCCUGAGAGAAGAAAAUGAUACCCUGGCGCUGCGCAGGAUGUUACAUUACUCUCGCCUUGUUCGUCUCUAUGAAAGGGCCAUUCAAUAACAUAAGAUUGGAGAACUUUUUACCACACACAUUGCUUUUAAAAAGCAAUGCACAAAAUACACUCUAUUGAGAUUAUAUUUUAUAACUGAAAGGGAAAGCUCCCUUUUGUUUUUAAAGUUUGUUGAUGCAACUAAUAAAAAUCAACAAAAUAUUAA